UCUACAAGACAGCGACAAAAUUUGGUUUUCUUAGUGGACUGGUUAGUGUCACCGAUGAUAGAUUGGUUCAAGGAGAUUGGAACAUCUGCGACCAACCGGAAUCGUCCCCGAAGUCUAUCGAACUUUCCGAUGCGGUACCUGUAGCCUGUAUCAGAGUGGCGGAUGCACGCAACGAGGACUGUUCGCAUUGGAAAAAUUCUUGCAAAAAGCCUCGUAGGGUUCCAAGAUCUAGAUGUAUCGACCUUGCCGCAGUAUCGACGGAUAAACGUCGAAGUUUGACACCUGUUGCAAAAUAGCAGCUGCCUUCUAAGGAUUUGUUAAUAUUCCUCUCCCCCCUACGGGUACUUUCCGGUAGUUACUUUGGUUCUCUAAAUCAUGGCUUUUUCCCAAAUCACGAACCUCCACGUCGAGGCAUUCGACAAGGAAGCGUUGGUCCAACGGAACCCACAUGCCGAGUUUCCAGCCGUCGAGGCCUCUCGUCCUGACUACGAUCCGUCCAAAUUCUGGGAGUACAGCAAAACCCCUAAACCGAACUGGAAGCCGGGAAGUGGUUCUAUAUGCGAUGCAUGGAAGUCGCAUACUCUCAUUGCCAUCGAUCCCGAUUCGCCAAACCGGACACAGAAUCAGAACUACAAGUUGAUGAUUUCAUCCACGGUUCCACGGCCCAUUGCUCUCGUCAGCACAGUAUCACGAGAGGGUGUACAUAACCUGGCCCCGUUUUCCUACUUCAACACCGUCAGUGUGGAUCCACCGCUUUACUCCGUCAGCUUCGUGGGGACAGAAGCCAAUGACAGCUUGACCAACGUUCUCGACUCUGGGGAGUGCUGCAUCUCUAUCGUCAGCGACUGGUUUCUCGAAGCAGCAAACAUGACGUCGGUGAACACCCCUCCACACGUGAGCGAAUGGCCACUAUCCGGACUGCAUCCAGUCCAUUCGCACAUGGUCAAGCCACCUCAUGUGGGAGAAUCGGCGUUCAGCAUCGAAUGCCAUGUGCACAGCACUAUCCCAAUCUACUCCCAGAGAGAAGUCCACGACGACGGACGUAAAGUGAGGACAGCUACCAUGGUAUUGUUUCGGGCAGUUAUGUACCAUGUGCGAGACGACGCCAUCAACGAUCGAAUGGAAACAGUAGAUAUUGGGGUGCUAAGGCCGGUAUGGAGAGGAGGAGGUAUUACAUAUGGCAGUUGUUUUGGCGGUUGGGAGACAGAAAGACCGAAGGCCUUUAGACAUCUAGUGGAGCAGGAGGAUGUCAAAGCUGUGCUUAACCAAUUGCAAGUUUCAUAGACGUCGAUAGAACCAAGAUCUCUCUGGAUGAUCUCUCUGGGUGUUCGAGUCCAUGUGGCAGACUCCACGCCUUUGGAAUCGUGUUACUCCGGGAGUAUGUGUGGAAUCAAAGUGCUCAGUGACGCAAGUUCUAU